AUGAGAGCCAUCAUCGAUCAAAUCAGGGAACUUUUGCAUGUUGAGAACAUCAAGCUUGCCCUGGCAUCCUCUAGGGACGAGAGCGCCGCGCAGGUGUUCUGUUGGUCUGGUCUGCGCAAGCUUGCCGUUCGAGCGCGCGACCUUUGCUUCUGGUGCAACAUCAAGGAAGCUAUGAAGCCAGCAGGAGCGGGCACAGAUCCCGCUCGUGGCUUCAGCGUUAAUAUGGGUUGGACGCCUCCAGUCCCCUUCGACAUGGUCGUUUGCUUGACCGCGCGCUGCUUCGAUAGAGCCAUUUUCGAAGAGUAUUAUUACGUUGGCGACUCGCCAUUUCGGCUGAGUAAAAUAUUCCUCGCCGAAGUGGCUGCCAAUCUUCAGCGCCUCAGUCCGCCAUUCCCUUAUAUCGACGGACUGCACAACGAAGACACGAAACAGCUCCGGUUCCUAGAAGAUGAAAGAAGGCAUGACGUUCUCUGGAUAUAUUCUGUCGGCGCCCACAUUGAAGAAUAUCACCUGGGCCUAUCCAGGCGCUCCUCACCUGCCUUACCAUCCUCGCCAUGGUCAUCCGCCUCCACUGGACAAAGAACGCAGGACAUGAUUGCUGGGAGACACCUCUUCGCUACCUGA